GUGGGUCUCUAGGAGUUUGACUCCUCCAGGGACCUCGUGUAACGGAACCUACAGUGGGUUUGGAGUCGGGCUUCUUCCACGGACGUGGGGCAGCACACGUCAGCCUUCUCUUCCUUUCCAAGGCUGAACGUUGUUCGGCUGAACGGCUGGACCACGUCGUGUCUGUCUGUCCAUCCGUCGGCGGCGCCUCACUGCGCCCGCCUGGCUGCUGGGGGCUCGCGGAGACCCUGUGCUCGAGCCGCGAGGCCUUCACCCGCCGUCAGACUCUCCUCUCCGGCUCUCCCCGGCUGAAAAUCCCGGUUGUCACGAGUGACUUAGACUUUGAGAGAGGACUCUUGCUCUCUGCUCACUUUCUGUUUUGGCCCAGGGCGCAGGAAGGUCACGAGAAUAACAGAGAGUCCCUGAGGUUUUCAGCCAGAUCACCCCCAAGGACAACGUUUCACCAUGUCUGUCUGCCUGUCGGUCCCGUUCUCUCCCACCCCUCCGUCCGUCCGUCCGUCCAUCCACCUGUGUCCUGGCCGUCCUUCCUGCCAGCCACCUGCCUGGGUCCCUGCUGGCGUGAUGUCCCUGGAGUCUCCUGUGUGUGUUUCCUGAAAGCCAGCACUCUCUCCUCUGCCAGUACAGUGACCACCCUCCGGAACUUACCGUCCAGUUAACGUCCUUGCCCCACGACCGUCCGGCCCAAGGCCGUAUUGCAGCCUUACUGCUUGUCACCGUGUGGUGUCCUGUAAUUUAUUCCGGAAGAAGGUCCCAGGUCCCACGUUACAUUCAGGUGUCCUGUCUCUGCAGGCCGUCUGCGGGGGCGGUGACGGCCUGUCUUUGUGUUUCCUGACGCUGACGUUCUCGAAGAAUGCAGGUCCCUCGAUGUGGGUGCGUCUCGUGUGCCCUCGUGAAGAGUGUCACAGGUGUGAUGCGACACCCGUUCGCCCGUUGCACGUGUGGUGAAGAGUUCUCGGUAAAACGAAGCCUGUUCCUGCCGCCCUCUGACGUGGCUUGCUGCUUGCAGAGUCGGAAGCAAAUGCGCACGCUUGUUCCUAACUCCCUCCUUGGAUGCGUGUCGUCCGGCUCUCACUUUCUCCACACUUCUGCUACCUCCUGGAGGUCCCCCGGAGCGGAGCGUAGACCCGGCCCCCGUCCCGUGCACUCCGGCUGCGUGGCUGAGGCACGGCUGAGCUGCCCGCGCCCCGGAGGGGAGUUUCUUUCCUCCGGCCAGUCACGUGGUCGCAGGUGGUCCUCGGCAGGCGGCCCCCGUUCUCAUGCCCGGAGCAUCGGGCACAACGGCCCGGGCCGGGUGGGUAGCGGAAUGACUUGCAGGAAAGCUUGGUCAGGUCACAGGCACGGGAGAGCCGGUCUGCCGUUCCUCCGCUGCAGCGCCCCUCUCCGCAGCUGGGGGAGCAGAGCCCCUAAGAGCCCCGGUGCUCUGGGCUGCUGCUGGCCGGGCGCCGGCCCCGAGGAGGAGUGCCAACGCGGGCAGGGCGGGGGGCUGGGGUCUUCAGUGGGGACCCAGCCUCUGGGCUCGAGUCUGAGCUGCGGGCGCUCACCCGCUCACGGCCUUGGCCCCCCAUCUGCAACACGCCUAAGUGGCCAGUGGUGAAAUCCCAUUCAGUCAUCUGUAGUUGUUCUUCGCGGGGAGGAGGAAAUAGCCCGAGUGCGCGGCGGCUUCCUUCGCCAUGAAAUAUUGAGCAGUACAAAUGUUCCUGAGAGAAAAUGAUGUGGGGUGGAGACGGGGAGUUGGAAAUGCGUCCUGGCUCGUGACUGGAGGCAGGAGCCUAAAUUGGUUAAAGAAGCGCAUAAAUAA